AUGUCGAGCGCCACGAUGGAGGUGUUGUUGGUAGAAGCGACGCCAAUGGGCAAGAUCAUGGGCAUGAUGGGCCAAAGGUGCGGGUGGAACGGGAUGAAGGCCCAAACCCAACUUCCCGGACACAACACAACCACACUAGCAGCUGGACCGUCUCCUGCUGCUUGUGGCAUUAUUGCUUGCUCGCGCGUCUCUUCUCUUCCUCUCCGACCUCUGCACUACUACGCUCAAGAGAAAACUGCUUCACGAGACAGCAAAGACCGCCAGUCGAUCACAGCAAGAGCUCGCCGGCCAUCAGAACUAGCCCAGAUGAGCGUCUGCUUCCAAGUCCUCAUUUUCGUGGAGGAGAUGAUGAUGCCCAUUUAA